CGUCGCCUCUGUCAGUGCACCGGUUACUUUCACCAAAGGCGGCUUAUAGAGGUACCUCGGAGACCACGCGAUCUUGUGUAUACAAAAGUUUCUACGGUCGGUUGAUACAAGGGGUGAAGAGCAACUGGACAAGUGCAGUUACAAAUUGAGAUGUUUCCGUAGUGUUGAAUUUUUGGAAUUUGAUGUUCACAGUUUUUCAAGUAAUUCUACGAUGAAGCAUCGAAGAAGCUCCCUUCAAAAACUACGUGACCAAGUCUUCAACACAGUGCUGUCAUCGUUCUGCUCAAGCUUAAAGAGUUACCGUUGGAUGUUGGCGUUCCAAUAAUUAAUGUAACCCAUUUUUAAAAUACGACUGCAAGAAAUCUAGUCAAGUCAAAAUCCUUAAAAAAAAUAAAAAUAUUAUGGGUAUCAUCGCAUUUCCUCUUGUGGCUAGUGCCUUCAAAUCCGCCGUAGGCAUUCUAGGUAUCGGAGCUGCAUCCCUAGCCAUAUUUCCCUUAUUGCCAUUCAUAUUCGCCAGCCUGGCGUAUUUUCAUUAUGAUCAAUUCGAUCCGGAGAACCGGAUAGUUGAUACCAAGCAACUUCUACACACUUACGAUUUCAUAGUAGUAGGCGCUGGUUCAGCAGGCUCAGUUGUGACCAACAGACUGACGGAAAACCCUAACUGGAACGUUCUUCUGAUAGAAGCCGGAGGUCAUGAAAAUGAGAUAACUGAUGUGCCCAUUCUCAGCUUAUACCUCCAUAAGAGUAAAGUCGAUUGGGGAUACAAGACAGAACCACAGCCGACUGCUUGCCAGGCCAUGAUAGAGAACAGGUGCAGUUGGACUAGAGGUAAAAUUCUCGGUGGUUCUAGCGUCUUGAACACGAUGUUGUACGUCAGAGGCAACCGAAGAGAUUACGACCAUUGGGUUGAGCAAGGCAACCCAGGAUGGUCCUAUGAAGAAGUUCUUCCUUAUUUCAAAAAGAGCGAAGAUCAAAGAAAUCCCUACUUGGCUCGGAAUACGAAAUAUCAUUCAACAGGAGGCUACCAGACAGUACAAGAUGCUCCCUACAACACACCCCUUGGUCCAGCUUUUAUAGAAGCUGGCCUAGAGAUGGGCUACGAUCUUCGUGACAUAAACGGUGAAAAACAGACAGGUUUCGCCUUCUAUCAGUACACCAUGCGGAGGAAUGCAAGAUGCUCAACCUCCAAAGCCUUCCUCAGGCCUAUAAGACUUCGCAAGAAUUUCCACGUCUCCUUGUGGUCCCAUGUUACGAGAGUGCUCAUAGAUCCUGGCUCCAAGAGGGCUUACGGCGUUGAGUUCUUCAAGAAUGGCAGAUAUCACAGGGUCAUGGCUCGAAAAGAAGUUAUCCUGUCUGCAGGUGCCAUCAACUCUCCUCAUCUCUUGAUGUUGAGUGGAAUUGGACCAGCAAAGCACCUCCAAGAGAAAGGCAUAAGAGUUAUCAGGGACGCACCUGGAGUUGGUCAGAACCUCCAGGAUCAUAUAGCUGUUGGAGGACUGACUUUCCUUAUAGACCCUAAGGUUGCUAUCGUUAUGAAUCGUCUGGUCAACAUCAAUUCUGCCUUGAGGUAUGCCAUACAGGAGAACGGGCCUUUGACUUCUAGUAUAGGACUGGAAGCAGUCGGCUUUAUAUCCACAAAAUACGCCAACCAAACAGACGAUUGGCCCGACAUAGAAUUCAUGUUGACCAGCGCAUCCGUUAAUGCUGAUGGCGGCCAACAGGUGGCGCGAGCUCACGGUCUCACCGACGAGUUCUACAAGGAAAUUUACGAGCCUGUCAACUACAAGGACAGCUUCUCUGUUUUUCCAAUGAUGCUACGUCCCAAAAGCCGAGGCGAGAUUAAAUUGAAAUCGAAGGAUCCCUUCGAGUACCCUCUACUAUACCAUAACUAUCUGACUCAUCCCCAUGACGUCGACGUGCUGAGAGAAGGCCUUAAGGCUGCCAUAGCCUACGGUUACACCGACACCUUCAAAAGAUUUGGUGCAAGGCUGCACAAUCCACCAUUGCCGAAUUGCAAGCACCUUCCUAUGCAUACGGACGAGUACUGGAACUGCGCAAUAAGACAGUACACCUUGUCGAUCUACCACUACUCUUGUACAGCAAAGAUGGGACCACGAACUGAUCCUCUCGCUGUCGUAGAUCCUGAGUUGAGGGUCUACGGUAUCCCUGGACUGAGAGUCAUAGAUGCCUCUAUUAUGCCUACUAUAACGAAUGGCAAUAUCAACGCUCCAGUUAUAAUGAUAGGAGAAAAGGGAGCAGAUAUGGUGAAGAACUACUGGCUUCGAAGAGGUAAUGGUGGCAGGAGAAAGAAAGAAGCUACAGAUAGUGUCGUAUCUAGUGUAAACACAACUUAUGUAUGAACUCCCAAGCUGAUUUGUGCUCAAAUUGAUUCUAAGUCAUUAACUAUAGAAAAAGACAAGCUGUGAAUGUGCUCAAUGAAAAUUUACUCCUAGAACUGAUUACUACUCAAUAACGGACAAAUUGUUAUAGUGGAAUCUUUUGUAGUGUGUGGUUUGAAGGUUUUCACUGCCCACAAUUGUUUUAAAUACAGAGGGCAGUCCCAGGAACUCGUAGAACUCGAAAAUAUAUACUUCAUUGGCUUGAAGAUGAUAAAAAGGUUAAACUUCUAGAAUAACAAAAAAUCAGUUUCCUAUUCUCAAUGCUCAAUUAUAUUUAAGACUCAAUCACAAAGUAAUAUUCAGGAAAUAAAGAAUGAUGUCUUUAAAUUGUAAAUUCUGUUCAUUCCUUUGUGCUUCAAUUCUGAUAUGAAUUUCCAUAUAUGUAUGAUAUGGAAUACAUACAAGUUAUUUAUUACCUAAGCAAUUGUGGCUGAAUAUUGACAAUAAAUAUUUUA